CUUGUAGGAAGCAGCUAAAGCCACACGGUUUUCAAUAAUUUUUCGAAUAUUUCUAAUAAAACAUUAAAAUUAAUAAAUUAACUAGCCGGUAAACAUAAUAAAUAAAACAUGGCUGCCAACAUGAGUGAAGAACUUAAAGAAAGAAUUAAUGAAGCAGCUCGAGCUGCUGAUGAGUUUAUUAAACAUAUUUACUACGACCAUGUUGACAAGAAAAAGCCGACACUAAAUAAAUUAUACAUGGAUAAUGGACUUCUCGUUUACAAUGGAAAUGGAUUCAAUGGCAAGGAUAACAUCGCUAAAUUCAUAAUAGAAAUGCCCUCGACAAAGCACGAUCUCACAACAAUUGAUGCUCAACCAAUUCUGGAUUCAUCAGCUGGAAAAACUAUUCUUAUUCAAGUGUCGGGAACAGUUAAAAUUGCAGGAAAAAGGAGCAGAGCAUUUCAACAAACCUUUGUCUUAACAGCAGAUAAUAACGCUAAAUGGAAGAUUGUCACAGACACAUUUAGAUUACAAGAUGGAAUUUGUGGAGAAAUAGAUUUAAAUUAAAGCUUCAAUUUGUUUUGUUUAUUUUUUUAUUAAUUUUCAGUUUGUUAAAUGCAGCUGAUCUUAAUAAACAGUGAUGCAUUUCUCUGAUGCUACUUUAUUGAUGGAAUCUUCAACCUUCUUUUUCAAUCCAUCGAGAUGCUCCUUUUGAUUAAAAUAA